GCCUUGCCGGGAAUGGCCUUUCCCCGCCAUCUUGGGAGCUGGCGCCGAAGCUGCCGAGGGCGCCGCCAUGUUAGGGAGGAGGAGGGCGGGCUGCUGCUGCUGCUGGGGCGCCGCGGCUGCUUCAGCACAUGGCGGGGACGGAACAGCAGCACUCAGGCGGCGGCUUGCUGAACGGGGGCGACGGCCCCCAGGGGAAGCGGGCCCGGCUCGGGUCAGGCCCCGCGGCCUCGCCGCCCGCGACCCCGCCCGGCAACCGCGUGACGGUGGUGCUGGGGGCGCAGUGGGGGGAUGAGGGCAAAGGCAAAGUGGUCGACCUGCUCAGCCUCGACGCCGACCUCGUCUGCAGGUGCCAGGGCGGCAACAACGCAGGCCACACGGUCGUGGUCGAUUCGGUGGAGUACGAUUUCCACCUCUUGCCCAGCGGGGUGAUCAACCACAGCGCCACCUCGUUCAUUGGGAACGGUGUCGUCAUCCACCUGCCUGGGCUUUUUGAGGAAGCUGAGAAGAACCUGAAGAAGGGGCCAGGACUGGAAGGCUGGGAGUCUCGGACGGUGAUCUCGGACCGGGCCCAUCUCGUGUUCAAUUUCCACCAGGCGGUGGACGGGAUCCAGGAGCAGCAGAGGCAGCAACAGGCUGGCAAGAACCUGGGCACCACCAAGAAGGGGAUCGGCCCCGUCUACGCCUCCAAGGCCUCGCGAACCGGCCUGCGGAUCUGCGACCUGCUGGCGGAUUUUGACGAGUUCUCAAAGAAAUUCAAGGCCUUGGCGCAGCACUACCAAGCGACGUAUCCGGCCCUCAGCAUCGACACGGAGGCUGAGCUGCAGCAGCUGAAGGUCUAUGCUGAGAAGAUCCGCCCGUUGGUGAAGGAUGGCGUCUACUUCAUGUACCAAGCCUUGCAUGGGCCUCCCAAGAAGAUCCUGGUGGAGGGGGCCAACGCAGCUUUGCUGGAUAUUGAUUUUGGGACCUACCCGUUUGUGACGUCCUCCAACUGCACCGUGGGGGGCGUGUGCACUGGCCUCGGCAUCCCCCCCCAGUACAUCGGCAAGGUCUACGGCGUGGUGAAGGCCUACACAACCCGCGUGGGUGUCGGGACCUUCCCCACUGAGCAAGACAAUGAGACCGGAGAGCUUCUGCAGUCACGGGGCCGCGAGUUUGGCGUCACCACGGGCCGGAAGCGCCGCUGUGGCUGGCUGGAUCUGGUCCUGGUGAAAUAUGCCCACAUGAUCAAUGGAUUCAGCGCCCUGGCUGUGACCAAGUUGGAUAUUCUGGACACCUUCGAGGAGAUCAAAGUGGGCGUGGAGUACCAGCUGGAUGAGAAGCGCAUCCCAUAUUUCCCAGCCAACCAGGAGCUCCUGAACAAGGUGGCCGUGGAGUACAAGACGCUGCCCGGCUGGCGGUGCAGCACGGAGGAGGCCCGCAGCUUUGGCGACUUGCCCCCCCAGGCCCAGGCCUACGUCCGCUUCAUAGAGGAUUACCUGGGGGUGCCAGUGAAGUGGGUCGGAGUGGGGAAAUCGCGCAAGUCCAUCAUCCGGCUCUUCUGAGGCUGGUGCCGGAGCAGAGCCUGGAAGAGGCCAGUGGGUCCUGCUGCCGCCGCCCCGCUGGGCCACAUGCCGUCCACGGGCCAGUCGGCGGAGGCGGUCAGUGGUGCCCUCCCCCAGGCCAGCCAAGAGCACUCCACCCGCGGCGCUUCCCCCGUGCAGAGAUCUGCGGCCUUUCCCUGCCCCCCCACCGCCCCUUGUGAUCUCACUGCCACGAGGCCCCCCCCCUCUUCCCGGGUCCCAACUUGGCCGCAGCGGCCCUUGCUGCAGCUUUGGCCAGCAUCUCUCUGCCUCGCUACCCCCGGGGAGAAGCAGCAGCCCCACAGGUCCGAGGCGUUGGCGCGCUCUCUCUCUCGAGGGCGGUGGACACCCCACACUCCGCUUGCCUGCUUCUGCGCCCAGGGGUCCCUCUCUGCCGCCCCCUCCGCCCUCGCCUGGGUGAGGGGCGGGGAGAGGUGGCCUCUUCCCUCCUGCCAGGCUGGGAGCCCCUUUCACCUCCUCUAGGAGCCCAGCCAGCAGCGGCCUGCCCUUGGGGUCUGGAGCCGGCCCUCGAAGACACCGUCCUCUUUCGCUGUGUCCUUUUUCGCUGCCUGUCCUUCCCCUGAGCUCGUGGGAGGCCUCCAGCCAGCUCGAACCCCGGCAUUUGCCAAAUGCCCCAAGCUCUGGGCUGAUGGCCAGUAACUCUGCCCUUCUUCAAGCCCUUGCCAGGCCUGGAGGCGGCGUUCAGCCCCAGAAGCACUGCCCCUGAGAUUCCUGGAGGCCUCCCCAGCCCGCCCUGCCCCAGGCCUUGUGUUUUGUUUUGGGACCUCCAUCAGGACUCAAAGCCUGGUUCCACCUGGAAGAAGAACAGAUUCUCAGGGCCAACGGGAGAGAGAGCAGCACUUCUCGUCACAAACCGGCCUGCGCCUUCCCACGUGAGCUUUCCUGUCCCUGCCUCGUUUGUAUUGAGAGGGGACGCCCCUCACUUCCCUGGCGGGGUCUCCCUCACCCCCGCAGGCCCAGUGCGGUUCUCGCCUCCUGUGCAUGUCCGUGUCUUUCCGUUCUCACGGUGGCCAGUAACAGCAAUAAAAAAUGCCGACUUGUUUUA